AUCGAAAUAGUUGAACCAAACGAUGUCCGGUUCCGUCGAGCGGCCAUAAUGGUUGUAGGUUGGGUGUGUUGAGUCAGAGGAGCUUUGGAAAAAGGUGUUUUUUUUUUUGAAUUAUCAAACGAAAUAGCUUACGGGGAGAAAGGUUUAAAGGUUGGUUGCUAGAAAUAAUUUAUAUGUUAGUGAAUAUAUAAAGAUGACAAGUACAGAUACAGCUCUGCCAUCAGUUGCCCUUAAAUGGGAUCCAAAAAAUCUUGAAAUCAGAACUAGAUCAGUUGAAAAAACACUUGAACCUUUAGUGAUACAAGUAACUACACUCGUCAAUACAAAAGGACCAUCAAAAAAGAAGAAAGGAAGAUCCAAAAGAGCUCACAUAUUGGUUGCAGCUGUUGAAAAGGCAACAGAAAAUUUUAUUUUAAAAGGAGAGGAAAUAGCUCAUGAAAAUCCAGAUAUAUGUCAGGAAAUGUUAGCAGCUGUUGAAGAAGUUCGAAAAACAGGUGAUGUUAUGAGCAAAAGUUCAAGAGAAUUUGCAGAAGAUCCAUUUUCAUCAGUGAAAAGAAGCAAUAUGGUAAGAGCUGCUAGAAGCUUACUUUUGGCAGUAACACAUCUGUUGAUUCUUGCUGAUAUGGUCGAUGUUCACUGUUUGUUAAAAUCCCUUCAUGUGGUUGAAGGAGAUCUGGAUAAAGUAAAAAAUGCCUCUAGUCAGUCAGAACUUUUGAAAUCUUUUCAUGACUUUGGUAAAAAUACUUCAGAUUUAAUUCAUCAAGCAGCAAAAAGACAAGCUGAAUUAAAGGAUCCUCAUCUUAGAGAAGAUUUAGCUGCCGCACGAGCUAUUCUUAAGAAAAAUAGCAUGAUGUUACUAACUGCUUCAAAGGUUUAUGUUCGACAUCCAGAAUUAGCUGCUGCUAAAGAAAAUCGUGAUUAUAUUUUUAAACAAGUAUGUGAAGCUGUUAAUACUAUUAGUGAAGUGGCACAGGGCAAGACAACAGCUGGAGCUCUUGGUCAUCCACCUUAUGAUGGGCCAGGUGAAUUGGCAGCAGCUUUGGAUGAAUUUGAUGAACGAAUAUAUAUGGAUCCACUGACAUACAACGAAAUCCGAACCCGUCCCGCUUUGGAAGAACGAUUAGAAAGCAUAAUCAGCGGUGCUGCAUUGAUGGCUGAUUCUUCUUGUACUAGAGAUGAUCGUAGAGAAAGAAUUGUUGCCGAAUGUAAUGCUGUUCGACAGGCAUUACAAGAUCUUCUAUCAGAGUAUAUGGCAAAUGUUGGUAAAAAGGAAUCUUCUGAAUCUCUUGAUAAAGCCAUUGAACAUAUGACGCACAAAACAAAAGAUUUAAGACGCCAGUUAAGAAAAGCAGUAGUUGAUCAUGUUUCUGAUUCUUUCCUUGAAACGAGUGUGCCAUUGCUUGUACUAAUAGAAGCUGCAAAAGCUGGAAAUGAAAGAGAAGUAGAAGAAUAUGCUCAAGUUUUUACAGAACAUGCAAAUAAAUUAGUUGAGGUUGCUAACUUAGCCUGUUCCAUGUCAAAUAAUGAGGAAGGUGUAAAAAUGGUUCGAUUUGCUGCUUUCCAAAUAGAAGGUCUCUGUCCACAGGUUAUAAAUGCUGCUCGUAUUCUUGCUGCCCGACCAAAAUCAAAAGUAGCACAAGAAAAUAUGGAUGCCUUUAAAGAUGCCUGGGAGAAUCAAGUGAGAAUACUUACAGAAGCAGUGGAUGACAUUACUACAAUUGAUGAUUUCCUUGCUGUUUCAGAAAGUCAUAUUCUUGAAGAUGUGAAUAAAUGUGUCUUGGCACUCCAAGAGGGUGAUGCUGAUACACUAGAUAGAACUGCAGGAGCAAUAAGAGGAAGAUCAGCAAGGGUUUGUAAUGUUGUAACAACUGAAAUGGAUAAUUAUGAACCAGGAAUUUAUACAGAUGGAGUUUUGAAAGCUGUUGCAGUACUCAGGGAACAAGUUAUGCCUAAUUUUGCUGAAAGAGUAGAAGCAGCUGUUGAAGCACUAGGAUCAAGCUCAGCUAAAGAAUUAGAUGAAAAUGAAUUUAUUGAUGCUUCACGAUUGGUAUAUGAUGGCGUUCGGGAAAUUCGAAGAGCAGUUUUAAUGAAUAGGACUGCAGAAGAAUUGGAUUCAGAAACUGAAAUUGAAUUUGAAGGAAAUACAUCUGAAACAAAAAGCAAAUCAAGUGCUCAUACUGAUUAUGAUGAAUAUCCAGAAAUAAGUGGAAUCAAUAACACAAGAGAUGCAUACAGAUUUGUUUCAGAAGAAGAAAAGCAAAAGAUUGCUGCACAGGUUGAAAACUUCCGUUCAGAAAAGACUAAGUUCGAUAAAGAAGUUGCCAAAUGGGAUGACACAGGAAAUGAUGUAAUUGUAUUAGCAAAACAGAUGUGUAUGAUUAUGAUGGAAAUGACAGAUUUCACACGAGGCAAGGGACCAUUAAAAACAACUAUGGAUGUCAUUAAUGCUGCAAAAAAAAUUUCAGAAUUUGGCACAAAGUUAGAUAAAUUAGCUAGACAAAUUGCAGACCAGUGUCCAGAAUCAAAUACUAAAAAGGAUCUUUUAGCAUAUCUUCAACGUAUAGCUCUGUACUGUCAUCAAUUAAAUAUAACAAGUAAAGUAAAAGCAGACGUCCAGAAUAUUUCUGGCAAUCUCAUUGUUUCAGGGUUGGACAGUGCGACUUCUUUAAUUCAAGCAGCUAAAAAUUUGAUGAAUGCUGUAGUAUUAACAGUGAAGGCAUCUUAUGUAGCAUCAACUAAGUAUCCAAGAAGUAGCGGUAUGGUUAGUUCGCCAAUUGUGGUUUGGAAGAUGAAAGCACCGGAGAAGAAACCUCUGGUUAGACGUGAAAAACCAGAAGAAGUCCGGGCUAAAGUUAGAAAAGGAUCACAAAAGAAACACAUUGCUCCAAUCAAAGCUUUAAGUGAAUUUCAGAGUCCAGCAGAAUCAGUAUGAGAAAUUUGGGGAAUCAUUCCAAUUUUGUUAUGCAGAAACAUCCCUUAAUGGGAAGGCUGAUAUUUUAGCAUGGAAAAACUAGUAGUUGAUGAAGUCUUUUGAUAAUUUUGAAGCUUUUUUACAUCAAUAGACAUUUUCUUCUUAAGAACUCAUCUUUAUCUUUGUAUGUAUUGUAAAAGAAUUUUUUUCCAUUAUAAUCUUAGAUAGCAUGGCCUAGACCUCAUAAGAUUUAUUUAUCUAAUCUUUUAAUAUCUCAAAACAAAAAAGAAAAAAUCUUUUGUUUUUUCUUAUCUUUUAGAUGUUUAAUAAGGAAAAACUGCUCAAUUUAAUUAUUUUGCAGAAAAUUUGCUUGAGACGAUUCAGAAGAAAAAUCUUUUAUGAGGCCUAGAGAAUUUUCAAUACAAAGCUGUCUAAAGAAUUAUAUAUAAAUACUUUUUACUAUCAAACCAGUUUUUGUAUUGAUUAUUCCUGUCAUGCCAAAGAAGGAACCACACAAAAUAAGUGUGACUUUGCACUGCUUUUAAUAAAAGGGGAAAUUUUAUUUUGUACUAUUCUAAUUUUUUAAUAAAAUAUACUUUGAUAUUUGUUCAUUUUGAAACUUUCAUGUCGAGCAAUAUAUUUUUCUCCGUCGAUUUUCGGUUACUCCUUAAUCGGACAAUGUACAUAAGCAGUCAGGAGCUACUGACGGGUGCUGUUUUUUCAAUUGUUUAACAUUCAAGAAAUUUAAUUUGGGGAAUCUUUUUUAAACCAAGACCAAUAUCCAAAUCAUUUUCCCAUUUGAGGAAAUUUUGUAGCCAAACAUUGAUGUAUGCAAUUUGAUACAGUGAGAGAGGAAGUUUAUAUACACUAUAUAUCACAGGAGAAAUCUGUUUGCCAUUAACAAUCAAAUUUAUUAACAUAUUUCAUUAUUACUGUUAUUUUUUGAAAUUGUAUUUCCAACAUAUGUAUCUGUUCAGAACGAUCGAUCGAAGAGCCGUGCCAAGACGAGAGAUCGACGAUAGGAAAUCAUCGUGUAGUCGUAGGAAACAGCAUAAAAGUAUGUAGUAUUACGAAUUCCGAUGGUAUUUGUGAUUGUGAAUUGUCGGCUGAAGGAUGCACUUCACAUCUCGGUUCUUGUAUUUCCUAAUACGGUAAGACAAGAUGAGAAGAAAAAUAUUUUUGUACCUUCACCAUUUGUGUGAUCGUUAUAAUCGGGGCGAUUGCAUUUUUUUGUCACCUAAAAAGAAAGUGCCUCAAUCACAUUUUUAUGGCACUAAAUAUGCAUGUAUUCAAUUUUUGUGGUUCACAUGCAAUAAAGAUUGAAAACGUGAUUGAUGCAAAAUA